UUUUUCUUUGUUUCUGUCCGGGACGCACACGUCACACAGGUUUGCUGGCACGGUUUUUCUUGCAUCUUUCUCUGCACUCUCACAGCUCUUUCUUUUAUUUUAUGUUCUCGUCCUAAAGUUAUGUACCACGGAAAUUCUAUCAGACUCCUUGCAGGCAACAGUCACCCAGAGCUCGCUCACAGUGUGGCCGAGCGGCUCGGAGUACCCCUCACUCCGUGCAUGCCUCAAAAAUUCUCCAAUGGCGAGAUCAACGUCAAAAUUGCGGAGUCGGUCCGUGAAGAAGACGUCUUCAUCAUCCAAUCCGGAUGCAGCGACGUCAACGACAAUCUCAUGGAACUUCUCAUCCUUAUCUCUGCAUGCAAAACAGCUUCUGCUCGCCGCAUCACCGCUGUCAUUCCCUGUUUUCCCUAUGCACGCAUGGACAAGAAGGACAAAUCGCGGGCGCCAAUCACUGCCAAGCUCGUCGCCAAUAUGCUGGCUUGCGCAGGGUGCGACCAUAUCAUCACGAUGGACCUGCACGCCAGUCAGAUACAAGGGUUCUUCGACAUACCCGUAGAUAACCUCUUUUCGGAACCCUUGAUGAUUACAUACAUUAAGCGUAUCGACGGGUGGCAAAACAGCAUAAUAGUCAGUCCGGAUGCGGGUGGCGCAAAGAGGUUCGUUCUAUUCAUGCAGUGGUCGCUGCUAUUGCGGACAAACUUGGGACAACGCGAUAAACAAUCCAAGAAUGCCCCAGAACGGAUGGAGCUACUGGUCGGCGAUGUCCGGGAUAAGGUGGCUAUUCUCGUAGACGACAUGAUUGAUACCGGAAAGACGCUCAUGCUCGCGGCACGAACGCUGCAUGAUAAGGGUGCCAAAGCCAUUCAUGUUCUUAUUUCGCACGGUUUGUUUGCCGAGGCCGACUUGACUGUGUUAGACCAGCUACCGAUAGAAGAGCUUGUGGUCACCAAUACGUGUCCACAGAAGGAGCACAAAGAGAAAUGUCCAAAAAUCCAGGCCAUCGACAUCAGCGCCAUCAUUGCUGAGAGUAUACGGCGUACGCAUAACGGCGAGAGUAUCAGUUUACUCUUCGGUGAUUGGACGGGAGGUGGACAUUUGGAUAUGGUCGUGCUAUGAAAAAAUCAAAACCCACCGGACUCGGAUUUGCAUAAUCUUACAAAUCUGUAUGCGUACAAGAACAGUACAGAUGUAGAGCACAGAGGCUGGAUCUAGGAUUAGAAGUAGAUGU